AUGACAUGUUAUUAUAUUAUUAAUACUGGAAGUUUCUUUGGAGGUAGUCGUGAUUUCAUGAAUUAGUACUUUUGGAUAUUCUGGAGCUGGAAAAGUAUUUAUUAGAUAGAUUCAAUAUUAGUAUAGAAAUGAUCCUACAGUUUAAUGUUUAAAGAACUAAGGACCUGCACCUGCAAAUACAUAUACAUUAAAAACAUGUUAAAAUACGAUAAUAUCGGAUAGAUGGUAAUGAUUAAGAUAAAAUGAGUGGAAGAACAGAAAUUAUGAUACAUCGAUGUGCCUGUUGUACACCAAGUGAUUGGAGAGUACAACCAAUUGAUGGAUGUUCUGCAGGGUUAUAAUUAAUCAUUAGAUGUAUUAUUAUAAAUGAAGAGAAUUAAAAAAAAACAAAGAGUAGGAGACACUUUAUUUGUUUAGGAUUAUGAUCCAUUAAGUAAUAGUAUGAAUUUAGAUGACAUCAUUAUAGAUUAAGAAAUUAUGUAUGAAUGA